CACAAUACAGCACAAACACAAACAUCACAAACAUUUGAACUCUCAACACAUCGAACAAUUCCAUCAUAUCGGCCAAAAACAUCACCAUAAACUAAGGACUAAGCUACUGAAACUCACUUCCUUGACCCACUCUUGUCUCUGUUUCAUCCCCUUCCAGUCUCUCUCUCUUUCCCAACGCUUCAAUUUGCACCCCUUCAUUUCACUUUCUCUCUCUCUCUCUCUCUCUCUCUCUCUCUCUCACACACACACACACACACACACACACACACACACACACACAUACAGCUUCUAAUUCAGCUCCUUUUUUCCAAGUUUCAGUGAUGGUGGAAGAAAAUCUGAAAAUAUCUCGACCCAGUGGCGUUUUUGCACGGAAUGAAGCUAACGGGGAAAUGGGGUUCUAUCUGACAGGGUUUUGAAGUCGAGAAAUCGUGAAACAUUGAAUUUUUAGGGUUGGUGGGGGGUUGUUUUUGCAUGUGGGAAUGGAAGCGAGGAUGAAGAAGUACAACCGGCAAGUGAGUCCUGAGAGGGCCAAAGUGUGGACUGAGAAGUCACCAAAAUACCACCAGAGUUUGAAGGUACCCGUGAUUUACUACCUAUCUCGAAACCGGCAGCUAGAGCACCCUCAUUUCAUGGAGGUCCCACUUUCUUCACCCGAUGGACUAUACUUGAGAGAUGUGAUUGAUAGACUUAAUGUGUUGAGAGGUAGAGGCAUGGCUUCCUUGUAUUCAUGGUCUUGCAAGAGGAGCUACAAGAGUGGAUUUGUGUGGCAUGAUCUGUGUGAAGAUGAUAUAAUUCUACCAGCUCAUGGAAAUGAGUAUGUUCUCAAGGGUUCUGAGCUCUUUGACGAAUCAAAUUCAGAUCGUUUCAGUCCCAUUAGCAAUGUUAAAACACAAAGUGUGAAGCUGUUGCCGGGGCCAGCUUCUUCUCGGAGCCUGGAUGAGGGCUCAUCCUCUUCUAGCAUGAAUGGGAAGGAGACAAGAAUCUCCCAAGAUGAUGAGCUUUCCCAAGAUCCACACACUGGUUCCUCUGAUGUUUCUCCAGAGUCUAGAGCUGAAAAGAGUGAUGCUCUAAGCUUGGCAUUGACAGAGUACAAAAUUUAUAAAACUGAUGGAUUGGCCGAUGCUUCAACUCAGACAGAAGAAAAGGACAACAGAUCCAGAGCUCAGAAAACUUGCACAAGGGGUGUAUCAACAGAGGAUGGGUCGUUAGAAUCCGAAUGUCAUGAAAUUUGUCAAGCUGAAGCUCCCCAAGUGAAAGAUACUCCACGAAUCUGUAGGGAUGCCGUUUCUCGUCCUCCCUCAACUUCAAGUUCCUCAUCUUUUGUGGGGAAGGCUGAAACUUUGGAAUCUCUGAUUAGAGCUGAUGCUAGUAAAGUGAAUAGCUUUAGGAUUCUGGAGGAGGAGAGCAUGCAGAUGCCAACCAACACGAGGAUGAAAGCUUCAAAUUUGCUGAUGCAACUGAUCUCAUGUGGCUCAAUAUCAGUGAAAAACCAUAGUUUUGGCCUUAUUCCUUCCUAUAAGCCCAGGUUUUCCAGUUCCAAAUUUCCUUCUCCCCUGUUCUCAACUUCUUUCGUGUUGGGGGAGUUUGAUUGCUUAGCUGAGAAUCCAAAGCUGAUGAGCCUCAGAUUGGAAGACAAAGAAUAUUUUAGUGGAAGCUUAGUUGAGACUAAACUGAAGGAGGGAGAUGGACAUAAUGUUCUGAAACGCUCUUCUUCCUACAAUGAUGAGAGGACAUUUAAAGAACAGAAACAGCAAGAAGACAAAGAGGAAUCAUCCUCGGGACAUUCAAAAUGCACUCCUCGAUCAAUUAAGGCUUCAUUGACCAAGCAUCCCCGAAGUGAAUCCAUGAGAUCUCCUGUUUCUGAUGGACCUCGGAACUCAUCAGAUAGAAUUGAUGGCUCAGGCAUAUCCCCAGUAACAUCUAAUGGUAGCAGCAAAAGGAUCACUGAAUCUUCCACAGGAAAAAAACAAUCGAAGAGGAUAGACUCAUUUAAAGAAGAGGAGGAGGUGAUUAAAAUUGAAGAAAGGCUUGCUUCAGGAGCUCGGGUUAUAAUCCAAUCCAAACCAUUUUCAGACACUGCAUCUAGCAGCUGUUGAAAAUUCAAGCUUCAGAUGUUAGACACCUGAAAAACUGCUGGUUUUUCAGCUUUAGUUUGAAUUCAACAUGAUUGUAUAUAUCUUGGUAGGUCCAUGUGACAUUUCCUUAAGCUUACAAAGUAAAAUUAUUUUGACAAUCGACACAAUGCAAAGGGUGCAGCUACUAGAGCAGGUGUGGUCCCAGUGGUCCAUUUCCUUGAAUAUAUUGUGCUGGAUAGAGAGGGACUGCUAUCCUGAAAUGAAAUGAUUGCACAUUCUGCUGUAACUCCUGAUGCAAUAUCUUCCUUUUGCACCCUUCCU